AGGCGGAGUUUAACCGAUCCAAUGGUGAGUUGAGAGCAUUGAAAGAUGCGAUUAAAAGAUACAAUUGUUUGAUACACUUUGUAAUGUUGUGUCUAAUAGAGAGUUAUUGUUGUUUUUGAAACAAUCCGAAAAACAUUUGACUAGAGUUUCAAAAAUCAAUUAAACUCUUAUAUAAAGUCGUUGUCAAUCAUAGUUAAGAUUAUGUUAUCGCCUGACUCUCAUAAACCUAACAGUGCUUCUGCUUCCGAGUCAGAGACACUCUCGCCUACAAACAUGACUACAUCCAAGUCCUCCGCUUCCAACUUCUGUAUUGAUGAUCUGUUGGCCCGAGAAGAUAGGCCACAAUCGUCUACAUCAUUGAGUUCCAGUUCACGGGCAUCACCAUCACUGAGUGCCGACGACGCCCGAUCCUCAACGAGUCCUAAGUCAGAUCCGGUCUUAAUGAACGGUACACUACAUACCAGUUCUCGAGAAGCACCUGAUGAUAGUGAACAUAUUAGAGAUAUAAACGUGAAAACGCCUCCAAUGUCUCCCCCGUGGUCUUUGCGAUCAUCAAAUCUUCAAAUGGGCUCUUCAUUAGCCACAAGUCUUAACUCUCAUCACAACAACGCGGCCGUUGCUGUUAUGUCUUCUUUAUUUUCAUCCACUAAUCCUUCAGCACAUCCUUUAUAUUCAGCAAAGUAUAACCAGAGUCACGGACAUCAAGUCAUAAGUAACGGUACUAAUGGUUCGCCAUCCGCUACAGUAACUGCUUUGAUACAUAACAGCGCUUUUCGCUCACCAUUUCAUGAUAACAAAGAUCACAACGUAAGUGGUGGAGGACUAGCAAUAGAUUGGUUAGCCCGCGGACUACUUUAUCACCGCUCAUCUGCUCAAAGCCCGGCCCAACUGAGGCGUUAUCUCGUAUCACAACAGCGCCAAAAUCGGGGGCCACGGCGUCAGCGGACAACUUUUACUCACGAACAGACACUUCGACUUGAGAUGGAGUAUCACAUCAGCGAAUAUAUCACACGAGGAAAGAGAUUUCAAUUGGCAGAGCUCUUGGAUUUGAGUGAAAAUCAGAUUAAGAUUUGGUUUCAAAACAGACGAGCAAAGGAUAAGCGCAUUGAAAAAGCAAUCGUUGAACACCAGUAUAGAUAUCUGUCGGGUCCUCCCUUUACUCAGCACCUGAAUGUGUCCAACUGUUCCACUUGUAAUUACACUAAACAACAGUUCAACACUGAAUCGCAAACUUAA